AUGCUUCGAUGCCUCGCGUGCGCGGCUGUUGGAUGUCGCGUUGGUGCUUUUGCGAUGUGCGAUGGCCUCGCAGUUGACCAACUUCUUUACAGGCUGGACAGAGGCCAAACUCUUGAUGCACAGAGUUCUCGGUUCGCAUGGCAGCUUUGCUUGCAGCAACGGUGGCAAGUUCCAGAAGGCGACAUCUUGGCGACGGCUAUCCGACGCUGGAAGAUGCCGAAGUGGGGGUUUCCAUCCUUCGAGCGCUGCAGAUUGGUCGAUGAGGAGGUAUAUAGCCUGGAAGACCGGAGCAUCGACGAGAUGGUAAGGGAUGUCAUCUUUGGCACCGUAUCCGCGGCGCAGAACGCAGGUUUUCACGUUCAGGUUAGCCGCUUCGAUCUUUUUCACGGGCAUUUCGUGCAGCGUCGAAAUGGUGAUGUUGCCUUGCUGCUUCACGCCGCAGAAUACCCGGCGAUGAAUCCGGAUUCUUUCCCGGUACAUCUGGGCUACUGCCAGGCCGACUCGCCCUUGCAGUAUAGUUCUACGACAAUGCAGUUCAGAAAUAUCGUGGUGCUGUUUUCUAGCACUGUGCGGGCUUUCGUGCUGGAUGCAGAGGCUGACUGCGUCAAGGCCCUCAUUCCAGAAUACGCAAGAAAGCCCGUGUAUGUCCUGUACGAGGACUGUCGUGCAAUCGGUGCUGGUGGCACGACCUCCGCCAACGAUGGGAGUGAGGCUUUCGAGGCAGAAGAGCUGGUAGACCAGGAGGUGUUCCUGAAAGAUCUGGCCGAUGUGGAUCAUCACAUACAGGACCUUGCUCGCAGCAUCUUGUUCCAACAUCUGGAACGCGCAAGCAUGGAGGAGCGGGCUGCUGCAAAAGCUGAAGAGGCACGCCGACGGCGAGAGGCAGAACUUCGCCGUGCCAGGAAGAAGGAACAGAUGGCCAGGGACCCGAAACGAAAGGUGGCUUUGAAAAUCGAGAACAAGAGGAGAUUUUCUGGACAUGAGGAGGAUGAGCCGGAUGCCAAGCAAGGAAAAGAUACUAUUCCUUUGAGAAAGUACGAGGUGUACGGCGAAAGUGGCUCAGAGAAAGUGAACAUAGUAGACAUUUUGAAAAUCCAAAGCCAGUGUGAGAUGCUGAACGAAAGUGGGGGUGUUGACCGCAUGCUGGAUGCGAGGCACCACAGUGAGAAGCUGCGGAGAGCCUUGACCUUCACGGAUCCGGGUGACAGGAAUUCUGAGACUUCGCUGUUUCCAAGCGAUAUCUCACCAGACCUUCCCAGAGACGAGCGAGCCAAACAGCUGCGCAAGGACAAGUACUUGAAUCAGCUGAUCGACAAAAUGAGCACGCUGAGGAGUGAGUGGAAGUACAUGCUUCCCUUCGACCUCGACCUCGCCAGCUCCGGAUUUGUCGAUGCGCAUGGGCAGAGGAUAUCCGUGUCGAACCUGAUUGCCCGCAACCCUCGUGCUGCUCAAAAGUUCCUCAAGGAGCUCUCGAGCCUCAUUGGUCAGAGAAUCCAGGCCUAUGGUGGCCGACGGGGUGGCAUUGUCGGUGGCUACACCUUGCUAGAAUCACUGGGCUCGAAGGAUCCAGUGUCCUCGAAGGACACGCCAGAUCCCGUCCAGCGCAUGAUGAGCAAGAAGAAGAGCCAGAAAGAUCUACAGCGCAGCGACACACAGCGGGCCAUCUCCAGGAAGCGGUGGUCGAUCGUCAAGGCGUUAACACAGUGGCUUUUGCUCUGGUUUCGCAGACGACGCCUGCACACGUCAGCCAAUAUCUGUGUUAUGGUCCUGCGACAGAUGGGUGAAUGGUCUAGGAUCAGGAGUGCAAUGAAAGGCUUUGUUGACAAUGUCACCCUUCUCCAGCGAUGGUGCAAGCGCUUCCUUACCGUAAAAAGGCGGAGGUGUGGGCUUUGUGAGAAGGAGUGGGAGAGGUUUGAAGACUUCCACUUAUCCCAUUUCUUCCGCAACAAGGCCCAAGCCAUCAUUCAGGAGCAGAAGGACUUAGCAGCCACGGAAGCUAUGGGUGGUCAGGGCAAGAGGCAGUACAAAGGCUUACAGUCUGGGAAAGCCAAACGCGACAAGCAGGCCUUCCUCAACUUGUUGGAAGCUGGUGUCGAAGGAGGUGAAAUAUCUAUUGACUUCCGAGCUUACAAGAUCCCACCUGCCGAAAGGAGAGCCAUUAUCAACCGAUGGUACAUGGUGACUUUGAGGAACCAUGUACGCUCGGAGCAGACUAUCGCUUUGACCAUAAAGGAGAUGCUGGCAGCUGAACGGGAACUGGAGCGCUUCGUGAGCACGUUCGGCUGCAGGACUGUUGUACAAGUCGCCCCCACGAUAGAGGAAGAGGUGGACGACAGAGGAAGAAAACUUGCGAAAAAAGGGCAGUUGAGUGAUGAUGACAUGUGGCAGCUUCGUAUUGGGGCCAAGCUGAAGCACGAAUGGUACAGAGUCACCGAGGAGUUCGUCAUCAGAUGUAUUGCUGUGGCUGCCCAGGCAAUGGCUCAAAUGGCGCCGUUCCAGGACCACCCAGCCAAUCGCGGCCUCACUACCAGACCAGCGGCAGUGCCCUAUGAUGGGGAGGAAGACAAGAGGGUCUUCGCCACUAAAGUGGUUCGAGCUGCGGCUCGUCCUUGCGACCUAGGCACCUCAAUGAAAUGCAAUGGCGCGAUGAACUCGGACUCUAGCGAGACCAGCUCCACAGAUACCUCAGACGACUCACAGGACGAGGAGGCCAUCCCAGCGCGGCGCUUUGCCGUGGACAUUGUGGCACUGACUCAGGAGUGGGGCCAUGCCGACUCUGAUUUGUCCGAGGGGGCGAUGUCCCCCGCCUGCCAGGGACGGCACACACGAUACAGAAACAUGGCUUUGGCCCUAGAGGCUGCAGAGAGGCGCCUGUCCACCAGGACCAGAAGCCAGCUUUUUCUGGGGCCAGUGUGUUUUGAAAGCCCGCGCGUGCAGGCCUUCUCCAGCUUCGUCAUUUUUCUGACAACAAACACACGAACGAUGGUAAACGCAGCGGUAGUGGACCACUACAUCAACGGAAAGGGCAUUGAGGCUUUUGAGGAGUCGACAUGGCAGCUGGAUUCGCUCGCGAAGGAUGCAUGGUAUUUCAUCUUCCUGGCCAUGGACAUCAGCUUCAUGCUUUUUCAAAUCGCUUGUGUGCGUCGUGACAGGCGCAUGGCGCAGCUCUGCCAGCGUUUGUGGCAGGAAGGUUCUUACAUCAGGCUGAUUGCAUUCAACAUUUAUGCAAUAAUCCUCCUCGGAAUUUUCUCAGGCUGGCAGCUAGUUCGUGGAUAUCGACAGCUGAGCAACCAAGGGUACCGGGACAGCUUCCUACUUGAGCUUGGUGACCCAUCGAUGGCCGACAGUGGUGCAUUCCGAAUGCCAUUCUAUAGCAGCCACCUUACUUUCUUUUACGAGAUGCCGUUCAUGCUGCGAAUAUGUCAUUUCCUGUCGCGAGACACACUAUCAUCAUUUGAUCUCAUUGUUUGUGUUGCUGCCGGUGGAUCCUUUGCCCUCGUGCUGUUCGCCCUGCUAACUCUGGAUUACGGAGUUUCAAGCACCUUGGUGAGCCAGUACCAAACCAGGCAGCGAUGCCCUUUCAGCGUAGUGCAUGCUCUCCUUCGUGGGACGGAGAUGAUCACACGUACGCUGGUAGUGACAUCAACCAUGCUUGUCACUUCUUGCCAGCUGUUCGGACAUUGGCUCUUCAUAGCGGCUCUGAGCGACUGGGUGAUUGGGCUAUUGCUGCUAUCAUGGGCAUCGAAGGGAUUUUCCAAAAGAGCUUUAUUUCUGUCCAUUCCGCUCUUCGGUUCCAACAUCGCUCUCUUUGCCGACUUGCCGAGCCUGUCCGCACGGGCACGAGCUUUGACAAUCUGCUUGGACGUGCUGCGGUCCCUGGAGAUGGGACCUGCCAUUUACUUUUAUCUUCUGGAGCACUCGGCGAUUCAAUCGGGCCAGCUGAAAGGAAACACUGGUUUCCAUAUUCGAGUCCUGGGGUGUUUGGUUGCAAUGAUAUUGGCCUGGUGUGUGCACAUGCAGUUGCGAUGCUUUCUCGCCGCGGGAGGCCUGAGAGCCGUGGCCAAGGAUACGGAACCCGGGAAACUGGAGACUGCAGGUUCGUUUGAUGACACGGUCUUCGGUUCGUCCUUGGACGAAGCCUACUUCUAUCAAGACGGCGCAGUAAAUCUUGCAGGCUGGCUCUUCUCCAAGGGCAUCGGUGACCAGUUCGCUUCCCUGCUGGAAAUUUGUUGGGAACGUCAGCCCUUGAGGCUGUCGCGCCUGGAGGCCCUUGCAAAGUUGGGGGAGGGUGGCUUCGGUCGGGUCUACAAAGUCUGUGAUACCAGACGAGGAGUGGAGUACGCCCUGAAGCUCCAGGGCCGAAGUCGAGUGGCCACGGCAGCCGUUCGUGAAGCAAAUGCACUCCAUGAAGUCAAGCACCCAUGUGUUGUAGAGCUCGUUCAAGUCUUUUGCACUUCGUCCUUUUAUUGCAUUCUGCUGGAGUUGUGUGACGUUGAUCUGAACCGAUACAUCCUCGACUGCCAGAAUGCCUUCGGAGUUGCAGAAGGCCUGCCGGAACGAGAUUCCGGGAGGUUUCUGGGGUGCAUUUAUUUGGCUCUGCAGCACCUCCACGACCGGGAAAUUGUUUUCUGCGACCUCAAGCCCGAGAACAUUUUGAUCCGGACCGUGAGGAAGCCAGCAGAGCUGAAAGUGGCAAAGCUGGCGGACUUCGGAUUGGCAAAAUCCAUUGAGAAGCUCGCACAGUCUUCGGCAUCCUUGUGUGGUCGUUUCUCUGGAACUCCGGCUUUCUUGCCGCCGGAAGGGCCAUUCGCAUCCGAAACACAAGCGGAUGCGCCUCAGUCUCCUAGCACUGUCUUGCACCAACUUGUUACACGGGACUGGUAUGCGCUUGGCUGUGUGUUGUUCCUGAUGUUAUUCGGUGAGGUUGGCGGAAGAAAGGUUCGCUACGCAGUCCGGGCGAUCCUGCUGCCACCACCGUGUGAUGUCAUUGCUGCUGUAAUCUCUGACGCACUGACUGCUGGCAAUCACAAUGAAUCAGCUCUUCAGCUGAACAAAUCUCUCCUAGCUCCGUUGCCAGAGCGUGGCGGUGGGGAGGAUGUACGGAGAAGCGCUUUCCUGGUGCAGUCACUUCCUGUCUUGGAGAAGAUGGUUGUGGACUUCAGCCAUGCUCGACGAGAUCGGUAUGGUGGCUGA